GGCCGGCCCCGGUGGCAGUCUGGACCAGACUGAAUGCAGCCUUUUGAAAAUGACGGAGGGGCUGUAAUCUGAGAGUAGCACAGAGGUAUUAUUAGUCAAAAACCGAAGCGCGGCACUUGAGACGUCCAGAUGUUGCGUUUGAGGCACCAGGCAGAGUCGGGACUACAGCCACGCCGAGGAAAACUUUUUUACUCACCGCUCUCCUGCUCGCCAGCGGUGAUGCAAGCUGUCCAGCUGGGUUAAAGAACGAAAAAGAGAAGCCGUGACACAAUUUCACGCCACUUUUUUGGUUUGUUUGGAGAGGCGGACGUUGAAACUACAGCCAAGCUUCAACUAACUGCGCAGUUUGGAACCUGUUUGCAGUGUUUGCGCUGAAAUGAAAUAGCAUUUUAAAAGUGCAUUUUAGCAAGUAUUUAAACCCUGUUUUUUUUUUGUUUUGUUUUGGGUUUUUUUUGCACCCUGCAGCAAGUUUGCAUCAUGGCUUUUGUUCACUUGCUCUUAAGUGCCUGGAUGUUGUUGCAGCCAGCGUGCGGAGCUUUUUACCGGGGACCAUUACAUCCGGAGAUGUCUAAUGGCACUUUUCAUCAUUAUUUUGUCCCGGAUGGCGAAUAUGAGGACAACGACGACCCAGAGCAGUGUCAAAUGCUUUUUAAGAUGACCGACGAGCGAAAGUGCAGUCUGGACGAGGAUCAAGACUCUGUCAUAAGGGACGACUUCACCCUCAUCAAGCGGCAGAUCGAGGACUCGGCGCGGGUGCUGGAGGGGAUAGGGAAGAGCAUCUCCUACGACCUGGACGGAGAGGACAGCUACGGGAUGUAUCUGCGCAGGGAGACGGCCCAGAUCGGCGAGGCGUUCACAAACUCGGAGAAAUCUCUGCUGGAGCUGGAGGUGAAGUUCAAGCAGAGCCAGGAGAGCGAGCUGAAGGAGGAGCACCGGCUCAGUGACGACUUCCUCACCAUGAUCGUGCACACACGGGACGCCCUGAAGGAGACCAUGGACAUCUCCCUGGGCCUGAAGGACAAGCACGAGUUGCUGUCUCUGAUCAUCCGCAGCCACGGAACGAGACUGAGCAGACUGAAGAACGAGUACCUCAAAUUCUAAUAGGAAACAAUCCCUUCAAACUUCCCAUUACAUCACUUUAAAUAUUGUUUUUAUUGUGGAGCGUGACCAGGGCCGGAUUUAGAAAAGUGCGGGGCCUUGGGUUAAGUCCACUUUUGGUGCCUUAAUCUCACAUAAUUCAUGUGUUUCAUGCAUUCAAAUUUCAAUACAUUGAUCAUUAACAGAUGAUCUGAUCCAAGUAUUUUUUUUUUCUUAACGUGUCCUUCCAUUUCUCAUUUCUAAAUAAAAUACAUACCUGGCAUCAGUUAUAUAAUUUAUAGAAUUAUAUCAUACAAUUCAAA